AUGAACGACUCGUGGUUCCGUAGAAGCAAUGGAAUAUCUUCCGGAUCAUCGUCAAUUGGCACACAAGGAUUGUUUGGAAACGGGUCAUUCGAUGCGAUGCCGUUCAACACGGACUUCUCGUUCUUCGUAAACAAUAAGAACAAUAACAAACCGUCGGUCAAGCUGCUCCCACUCUCGAAUCGCCGAACAUCAUCACUGGCGAACAACAAUUUGACUCCCGAUUCGGGAAGUUUCUUUUUCAACGGGACGUCAUCAGAAGACACCUUCUUCCCUUUGGACAGGGGCCAGAAGGCAUUCGUCGCAAGCUCAGAGUUCGCCGAGCCGGCGCGUACAGAGAUUACUCUGCAAAAUGUCGUCGGGAAGGAGCAGCUCAUAAAUUUUGCGAUGGACCGUCACGGAGUGAAGUUCCUGGAGAUCCACUAUCCGACGGAUGCUAAUAACGAUCUACACAGAGCAGUUUUCGAAAAGCUCACCGAGUCGAUGAUCUUGUUCGGUGGAUUGUGUAAAAAUUCAAACGGAAACUUCAUAAUCCAGAAGCUUGUCGAAUUCGCAACGCUCGAUGAGCAGAAAGUGUUGCUGCAGAGAAUGGUGGAGUGCGGAUUGGCGAUAUGUGCAAAGAUAAAUUCGCCUGCCGCGUCGUUCAAAUCGCAGUUCAGAGACAAGUACGGAUGUCGGCUAGUGCAGCAAGUCAUCGACAGAUUAUCUGAGAAUUCGAAGGCCCCAUGCUUCAACGCACGCCUUCAACUUCUCCAUACUUUGAUGUCAUGCGUGGUUCGCAAUUGUUAUCGAUUGUCAUCGAAUGAGUUUGCCAACUAUGUCGUUCAGUACGCCAUCAAGUCGUCAGGAAUCAUGGAAAUGUAUCGCGAUAUGAUCAUAGACAAGUGUCUUUUGAGAAAUUUACUUUCCAUGUCACAGGACAAAUACGCAUCACAUGUCAUUGAAGGAGCCUUCAUCUUCGCUCCUCCCUCACUUCUCACGGAAAUGAUGACCGAGAUAUUCGAUGGUUACGUCAAAGAUCAUGGGACGAAUCGCGAUGCACUCGACAUUCUUCUCUUCCAUCAAUAUGGAAACUAUGUCGUUCAACAGAUGAUAACGAUUUGUACAUCUGCUUUAAUGGGAAAAGAAGAGCGUCGGCUUUCACCAUCGGAUCUCGGAAUGUAUGUCGCGUGGUACGAGCAGCUGCUCUAA